GUAUCGAUUGGUGAUGAUGACCAUCAAGCCACUGUCGGUCACGGAAGAGGCAAAUGGGCUAGUGAAAUACUGGACGAGACUAGGAAAGCGAUGAAUAGCAUCAAUGAAGUGGAGGAAAAACAAUUAGAGCGCAGGGAAAGUGGAUGUGAGUUUGACGACAGCGGAGAUGAAACAAAAGUAGUUGGGUGA